GAUACAACAAGGAGAGGAUAAAAACUGAAGAAGAAAGCAGUUACCAUAAAAAUGAAAAUGAUGAAGAAGAAUAUCUGUAAGUUGUUUCUGAUUAUUUUGGUGAUGAGUGAGGUGAGUGCAGAAAAUGAUGGAUUCAUGAAAGUAGAGAGAGAGCAUUUCAUCCUAAACGGGAAUCCAUUUUACGGAAACGGAUUCAACGCAUACUGGUUGAUGUAUGUCGCAUCCGACCCCUCUCAGAGAAACAAAAUUUCAUCCACAUUUGAAGAGGCUUCCAAUCACAGCCUCUCAAUUGCAAGAACUUGGGCUUUCAGAGAUGGUGGAGACUCCCCUCUUCAGUCUUCCCCUGGCUCUUACAAUGACAACAUGUUUCAGGGGCUGGAUUAUGUGAUAUCUGAAGCUGGAAAGCACAAUAUUAAGCUGAUUUUGAGCUUAGUGGACAACUACAAUUAUACUGGAGGAAAGCAACAGUAUGUUAACUGGGCAAGAAAUGAAGGCCAAAACAUUAUUUCUGAUGAUGAUUUCUUCACAAACUCAGUUGUGAAAGGCUACUACAAAAACCACAUCAAAGCUGUUCUAACAAGAAAAAACAGCAUAAGUGGGAUUGCUUACAAGGAUGAUCCAACUAUAAUGGCAUGGGAGCUCAUGAAUGAGCCAAGAUGCCCAACUGAUCAAUCUGGGAACACUAUUCAGGCAUGGAUAGAAGAGAUGGCCUCGUAUUUGAAAUCCAUAGAUAGCAAGCACUUGCUUGAAGCAGGGCUAGAAGGAUUCUACCAUCACAAUAAAAAGAAUCCACAUUUUGAAGUUGGAACAGAUUUCUUGAGAAACAACCAGAUUGCAGAGAUAGACUUUGCCACCGUGCACUCUUAUCCCGACCAAUGGUUGACGGGGGAAAGCGAUGAAGAGCAGCUUCUCUUCUUGGAUGAGUGGCUGAGUAGCCACAUCAAGGAUGCGGAGACGAAAAUCCAGAAGCCACUUUUGUUUGCAGAGUUUGGGAAGUCGUCAAAGGAUCCCGGGUACAGGACUAGCGCGAGAGAUGAGGUGAUGGCUGCUGUUUAUGGAGCCAUCUACUCAUCUGCGAGAAGAGGAGGAGCGGCUGCGGGGGGCUUGUUCUGGCAACUCAUUAGUGAAGGGGUGGAGAAUCUUGGAGAUGGAUAUGGGAUCGUCUUGAACCGGAGCCCCUCCACGGCCACCCUCAUUCAGGAACAGUCCAAGAAGCUCAAACAGGUAAGGCUUAUGUACAAGGACCAUGUUUUCACCAAUGGAUGAUCUUAUAACAACUAUAUGGUUUGAUAUUAGUAUAGCGAGUUCAAUCCCUACUCCACAAAACCAUCUUCCUUACUGAUGCAGUUACUCAUUGGGACAUGUAUGAACAUCAACCUGUAUUUGCGGAUUCAACUGCCUCAACUUUUCAUUUCA